GCGGCCCCCCGGACACAGGGCCCGAUGACAGUUGGCGGCGCGUGUCCCUGGACCACGCCGUAGACCGGGACCAACUGGAUAACAGAGCCGAUCGUCCCCCCCGAGGAACCAACGCGACAGGAUGGAUAAAGACGUUCGACGGAAGUGCGGGAAAGUGCGACGUGCUCUGUUCCACCUGCUGCUGAUAGUGGGGGGUGCGACAGGGCUGAAGGAUUUGACAAUCAACGUGCCAGCAGUGGUGCGAUCGGGUGACACAGUGACACUGUCCUGCCAUUACGACCUGGAGGGCUUGCCAUUGUACACGAUACAAUGGUUCCUCGACGGAACAGAGUUCUAUCGAUACCUUCCCGAACGGGAUCCACCGUACACCACUUUCGUCGUGGACGGAAUACACGUGAACGUCUCGAAAUCGAACACGCACGACGUGACUGUCGUCGACGUGUCCAGGAAGCUGACGGGGCUGUACAAGUGCGAGGUGUCGGCCGGAAGUCCCUCCUACCACACGCUGAUCGAGAAGGCCUCGAUGGAGGUCGUGGACGCCCCAAAAACCGACCCGACGAUCGGCAUCCAGAAGGAGCGUAUAGCAGUAGGCGAGACACUCCGGGCGAAUUGCACCACUGGCAACUCCAGUCCCGCCUCCGCCAUUACGUGGAAGCUGAACGGGGAUCUCAUCGCAAACGACAGCCUGCAAUUCAGAUCCAGAUACUUCGAGAUCCCUCAGGACGAUGAGUCGAUGGUGUCGAAAUCCACGAUAGACUUCAAGGUGACUAGCGAAAUGUUUCGAAACGGAAGGCUGCACCUGCGCUGCACGGCCUCCAUCGCGGACGUCUACCGGAAAUCAGCCGAUAUCGAAAUCAACGAGGACGCGCCGCGUAUCGCGUCCAUCACGGGGGAAUCACCGCCACGAGGGCCUCGUGGAAACAACUCUGCCGGACAAAACUCGACCUGGACUACCGCGACGACGAUGAUCCUGGCGACGCUCGUGUUCCUGUUGUCGACCGCUACGACGGUGACCCUUUCGACGAUCAGCGCGUCGGAGCUUGUCCCCGCCAACAGGUAG